AUGAGUGCGGAGAAGCCCAACUUUCUGUCUCAGCCCGAGGUGAAGAGCAUUUAUUUCUUCCGCAACGGAGACCCGUUCUUCGAGCCCCGGCGGCUGGUGCUGAACGCGCGGCGGGUGUGCGGGUUCGAGGCGGUGCUGCGGGAGGUGACCGGCGGGGUGCGGGCGCCGUUCGGGGCCGUCAGGAGCAUCUACACCCCCCGCGGCGGACACCCGGUGCUCUCGCUGGAGGAGCUGCGGAGCGGGGAGCAGUAUGUGGCCGCCGGCAGAGAGAAGUUCAAGAAGAUCGAUUAUUCACAGAUUGGAAGCAGAAAGAAGAGAACGCUUCAGCUCAAUGGAGUGCUGAAGCCUGUUCCUCAGAGUCGAGUGAUGGUUUCUGCACGCUUCCUCAAGCCCAUCAAGGAGCCCUGCGCAAUAUUUAUUGUGGCGAAUGGUGAUGUCCUGAAUCCAGCAGUGAGGUGUCUGAUUCCCAGCCGUGUGAUUGGUCAAUUUGAGCGGAUUCUGGAGAUGAUCACAGAGAAGAUGGGCCUGCGGAUUGUGGGCGGAGUACACAGUCUGUACACUUUCGAGGGCACUCUGAUCAUGGAUGGGAAGGAGUUAGAGAACGGGCAGUUUUACGUGGCCGUCGGCAGAGACAAGUUUAAGAAGCUUCAGUACAGCGACCUGCUGUUCAGCAAACACACGGCGGUGAAGAGAGUCAACGGGUCUAAAGCGGCGUCUCUUCCACCCAUCUACAAAUACAGACGGCAGAAUGGAGACGUGUUGAACCCUCAGAGUAAGUGUGGGAGUGUGCAGGACAAGAGCGCAGCAGCAGUGAGCAGCAGCUCAGAGGAUCAGCUGAUGUCCAUGGUGAGGGAGAUGUCUCAGGCCAGACUCAGAAUCAUUCGCAAGAAGAGGAGCAUGACCACCUCGCUGGAGACACAGGACAAUGAUGAUGGAGAGGACGGAACAGCAGAGGAUGAGAGCAGGCCUGCAGCAGUGGAGCAGGAGCUCAGUCCAGACGUACAAGACGCCUCCAAAAGUGAGACCGAACCAGCGGAGGAAGAAGAAGAAGAGAAGAAAGAAGAGACGGAGGUGGAGAAACAGGAAGAGGAGGAGAAUAAAGAAGAGGAACAGAUAAACCAAAGCGGAGAAGAGAAACAAGAAGAAGCUGAAGGAGAGAAAGAAGAGGAGGAGGAACAUGUGGAGGAGAACCAGAGCGCAGAGAACCCAGAGGAACCAAACACUGAUGGAGAGAAUUAAUCAUAUUUACAUGAUGAAAGUGAAGAGAUUAUCAGCUCUUAUCAUUCACACACACACACACACACACACACGCACGCACGCACACACGCACACACACACACACACACACACUCACACACUCUCCACAUCUCCUUUAUUUUUAUGAAGUAAAUGAACUUUAGGAGCACAGGUUUUAAUUCUGAUCAUGUAUUCAUAUUAUCUAUAUCGCUCUGAGAUAAUAAAAGUAAUGUAGUGAAUGUAAUCACGCUGCUAGUUUAGGAUUUAAAUCAAUAUAUCCUCCAUACAGGAGCUGAACUGUUAACUAAACCUGCUGUACACUGAGAGAGGUGAAGGUUAUGUCAGAGGAUUUCAUGUUGAAGAUGGAUAAAUGUGAGGAUGUUGUGUUUGACGUCUGCUCGUGUGUGUGUGUGUGUGUGUGUGUGUGUGUGUG